AUGUCUUCAAUCUACGAGUCCUCAACUCCGUCGAUUUCGGCAUUCAACACCGCCAACUACAAUCCACAGCUCGUCAAGGGCGUGGAAUCGGUGCUGGUGAUCGGUUCUGGCGGUCUUUCCAUCGGACAGGCCGGUGAAUUCGACUAUUCGGGAUCGCAGGCCAUCAAGGCCCUCAAGGAAGCCAACAAACGCACAAUCCUCAUCAACCCAAACAUUGCCACCAACCAGACGUCGCACUCGCUGGCGGACGAAAUCUACUAUCUACCGGUCACACCUGAGUAUAUCACCUAUAUCAUCGAGCGUGAGAGACCAGAUGCGAUUUUGCUAACUUUCGGUGGCCAGACCGCUCUCAACUGCGGUGUAGCACUUGAAAAAAUGGGUGUGCUAGAAAAAUACAACAUCAAAGUGCUAGGAACGCCCAUCAAGACCCUGGAAACCUCCGAAGACAGAGACCUUUUCGCACAAGCUUUGAAAGAAAUCAACAUUCCCACCGCCGAGUCUUUUGCUUGCGAAACCAUCGACGACGCCCUUCUUGCCGCUGGAAGAGUCGGCUAUCCUGUUAUUGUCAGAUCAGCCUACGCACUCGGAGGUCUGGGAUCGGGUUUUGCUAAUAACGAGGCCGAGAUGAAGGAACUGGCAGCUCAAGCGCUAUCACUCUCUCCUCAAAUUCUGGUUGAAAAGUCACUAAAGGGCUGGAAAGAAGUAGAGUACGAAGUUGUUCGUGACAGAGUUGGAAACUGUAUCACAGUCUGCAACAUGGAAAACUUCGACCCAUUGGGUGUACACACUGGUGAUUCUAUCGUCUUCGCACCAUCCCAGACUUUAUCCGAUGAAGAGUACCACAUGUUGAGAACUGCUGCCAUUAAAAUUAUCAGACACUUGGGUGUUAUUGGUGAGUGUAACGUUCAGUACGCUUUGCAACCAGAUGGAUUAGACUAUAGAGUCAUCGAGGUUAACGCCCGUCUCUCGCGUUCGUCUGCUUUGGCCUCCAAAGCUACAGGCUACCCACUAGCCUACACUGCUGCUAAGAUCGCUCUAGGAUACACUCUACCAGAACUACCCAACCCUGUCACCAAGACCACUGUCGCCAAUUUUGAGCCAUCUCUAGACUACAUUGUGGCAAAGAUACCUCGUUGGGAUUUGGCAAAGUUCCAACAUGUCAACCGUAACGUGGGUUCCGCCAUGAAGUCCGUCGGUGAGGUUAUGGCUAUUGGGAGAAAUUUCGAAGAGGCCUUUCAGAAAGCCAUCAGACAGAUCGAUCCCUCGUUCUUGGGAUUCCAGGGAUCUGACGAAUUUGGUGACGACUUGGAUGAAGUCCUCGCAAACCCAACUGACAGAAGAUGGUUGGCUAUCGGACAAGCUUUGAUUUACGAAGGAUACUCUGUGGAAAAAGUGCAUGAAUUGUCUAAGGUCGAUGCUUGGUUUUUGCACAAGUGCAUGAACAUGGUCGAAAUGUAUAAGGAGUUGGAUGCUGUUAAUUCAUUGGAGGCCUUGGAUAAGGAGCUUUUGACCAGAGCAAAGAAAAUGGGUUUUUCGGACAAGCAGAUUGCCCUAUCGAUCAACAAGAACAAUGAAAACAAGGUUCAUGAGCUGGACGUCAGAAAGUACAGAAAGUCUUUUGGUAUCACCCCAUUCGUGAAAAAAAUCGAUACCUUGGCCGCAGAGUUCCCUGCUAACACUAACUAUCUAUACACCACCUACAAUGCUACCAAGAGUGAUGUUGAUUUCAACGACAAGGGCAUGUUGGUUUUGGGAUCUGGUGUUUACCGUAUUGGUUCCUCCGUCGAAUUCGAUUGGUGUGCUGUCAACACGGCUAGGGCCUUAAGAGAGUCUGGAAAGAAGACUGUCAUGAUCAAUUACAAUCCAGAAACCGUUUCUACGGAUUUCGAUGAAGUGGACAGACUGUACUUCGAAGAAUUAUCUUUUGAAAGAGUUAUGGAUAUUUAUGACUUAGAAAAUUCUGAAGGUUGUAUCAUCUCUGUUGGUGGCCAGCUUCCUCAAAACAUCGCCUUGAAGCUUCAAGACAAUGGCGCCAAGAUUUUGGGUACUGAUCCUGUUGACAUUGACAGGGCCGAGAACAGACACAAGUUCUCUUCCAUCCUUGAUAGCAUUGGCGUCGACCAACCAGAAUGGAGCGAAUUGUCGUCUGUGGAAGAAGCUGAGGAAUUUUCUAACCGCGUUGGAUACCCAGUCUUGAUUCGUCCAUCGUACGUUCUGUCUGGUGCUGCAAUGAGUGUUGUGAAUUCGGAAGAUGAGCUACUAACCAAGUUGACAAACGCUUCUGAUGUUUCUCCAGACCAUCCAGUGGUGAUUUCCAAGUUUAUCGAGGGUGCACAAGAAAUCGAUGUUGACGCUGUCGCUCACAAGGGCGAAGUUUUGGUGCACGCUAUCUCCGAGCAUGUUGAGAACGCCGGUGUUCACUCUGGUGAUGCCACUUUGAUUCUACCCCCACAAUCUUUGAGCCAAGAAAUCAAAGACAGACUGUAUGAAAUUGCCCAGAAGGUUGCCAAGGCCUGGAAGAUAACGGGUCCAUACAACAUGCAAAUCAUCAAAGAUGACAGAAAUCACGGCACAACUUUGAAGGUGAUCGAAUGUAAUAUCAGAGCCUCUAGAUCGUUCCCAUUCGUUUCCAAGGUUCUAGGUCGUAACUUUAUCGACGCUGCCGUUAAGGCAUUUAUCGGAGAAGACGUGCCAAAGCCUGUAAACCUUAUGGACGAGGAAUAUCCUUAUGUUGCUACCAAGGUGCCACAAUUCUCAUUCACACGUUUGGCUGGCGCAGAUCCAUUUUUGGGCGUUGAGAUGGCCUCUACGGGUGAGGUUGCGUCCUUUGGUAAGGACGCACUCGAAAGUUACUGGACCGCUAUGCAGAGCACAAUGAAUUUCCACGUUCCACUGCCUCCUAGCGGUGUGAUGUUUGGUGGUGACUUGACCAAGAACCAGCUUGGCGAGGUUGCUGCAUUGGUGGCAGGCUUGGGCUACAAGAUUUACGUUACCAACGAGGUUACCAAGGAAUACUUGCAAAAAUUUGUUCCUGCUGACUGCGACGUGAUGAUCAUCGAAUUCCCCAAGAACGACAAGCGUAAGUUGCGUGAAUUGUUCCAGAAAUACGACAUCAAGGCUGUGUUCAACCUGGCCGCUAGAAGGGCCGAGUCUUUGGAGGACGUGGACUAUGUGAUGAGAAGAAACGCCAUCGAUUUCGCACUUCCUCUAUUCAACGAGCCUCAGACUGCGUUGCUAUUCGCCAAGGCCCUUACUCAGAAGGUUGGUGAAAAGCUCAAGGUGCUAGAGUCCUCUGAUGUGCUUGUGCCUCCAGAGGUGCAAACAUGGCACGAGUGGAUCGGCCAGAGACCCAUGUAA